UCAAAUACCACAGCAGUCUACUUCCUGAUGAGCUACUGGCUUCGAAUUUCCUCUCUCCCCAUUCGCUUCGUCCCUUUCCACCUUAGAAUCAGAGGAGAGUGUGGGGUGUCAUAUAGAAACUACUGCAGGAACACUGACAAUCGAGGUGAAACUAUGGAACAUGUUGUGUUUGAUGGUGCUCAAGUGAUGGUGGGAGACCCUCAAUUGCUACACACCAAAAUAUCAUCUAUUCUACGCGAUGGCACUUCGAAGCUGCAGGUUAUUGCAGAUUUUGACGCCACACUAACUAAGUAUUUGGUCAAUGGGCAGCGAGGGCAUAGUAGUCAUGCCCUCCUGCAACAGGGAAAUCCUGAGUAUGAUUUAAAGAGGCAAGAAUUAUAUGAUCAUUACCAUCCAUUAGAAAUUGACCCUGCCAUUCCUCUUGACGAGAAAGCAAAACUUAUGGAAGAGUGGUGGGAAAAAACACAUGGCCUUCUUGUUGAGGGAGGACUCAACUUUGAUGCAAUAAAGAGCUCCGUGGAAAAAUCAAGGAUUGCAUUUAGAGAUGGGGUUACUGAACUUUUUGAACUGUUGGAGAGAAGUAAUGUUCCGGUCCUUAUAUUUUCUGCUGGACUUGCAGAUAUUAUUGAAGAGGUGUUCAGACAAAAACUUCAUAGGCCCUUUAAGAAUGUUAGAAUUGUAUCCAAUCGAAUGGUUUUUGACCAGAAUGGUAACCUUGUAUCAUUUAAGGGAAAGACAAUCCAUGUAUUGAAUAAGAAUGAGCAUGCAAUUGACAUGGCUGGUCCGGUUCAUGAGGAGCUUGGCUACUCAGAAGACUCCACGCCUGACGCCUCCUCUGUGAAACUGAGAACUAAUGUACUACUCCUGGGUGAUCAUAUUGGAGAUCUUGGAAUGUCUGAUGGUCUGAACUACAGUACAAGAAUAUCAGUGGGAUUCCUGAACGACAACAUUGAGAGCUCAAGUGACAGCUACCAGAAAGCCUUCGAUGUUGUGUACUUGAACGAUGCAUCCAUGUGGGGAGUUGUUAAGCUUGCAUCUCAGCUUUGCUCAACUGUUAGUAAUGGAUGUGGUAAUCAGUGAUCCCUUAUUCCCAAAAUGAAAUGACUGUACCUGCCUGCAGCCAAAUUUUGAUCGAGUGUUCUCUUCAACCUCGGGAGUCAAUCGCACCAUGAUAUCUUAUCUGUUUUGGGGCAAUUUCUUUGUGACAUUAGCCACUAGGACUAUCAGUAUCAUGUAUCCAUAUACUUAAAAUAUAUUGUACUUUCAAUGGAAGUAUAUAAAGAAGGAUAAUAUUUAUAUUUA